AUGGCUCUUCUCGUCGACAAGCUGCGUCCACGGACGCUUGAUGCGCUCACAUAUCAUCCGGAACUAUCAGACCGACUUCGAUCAUUGGCCCAAAGCGGCGACUUUCCCCAUCUCCUAGUCUAUGGUCCUUCUGGUGCUGGGAAAAAGACGCGGAUAAUUGCGACUCUUAAGGAAUUGUACGGUCCCGGCGUCGAGAAAAUCAAAAUCGAUGCGCGUGUCUUCCAGACAACCAGCAAUCGCAAGCUCGAAUUCAACAUCGUAUCCUCCGUCUACCACCUUGAAAUCACCCCCGCCGAUGUUGGGAACUAUGAUCGUGUUGUGGUCCAGGAAUUACUGAAGGAAGUUGCCCAGACACAGCAGGUGGACUUGUCAGCGAAGCAACGCUUCAAGAUUGUCGUUAUCAAUGAAGCAGACCACCUGACCCGCGAUGCUCAAGCAGCCCUCCGACGCACGAUGGAAAAAUAUAGUCCAAACUUGCGCUUGAUACUUCUCGCAAACAGCACAUCCAAUAUCAUAGCACCUAUCCGAUCUCGUACGCUGCUAGUCAGGGUGGCAGCGCCAAGUGAAAGCGACAUUUGUUCCGCACUUCGAAUCGCCGCGAAAAGAGAAGGGUGGACUGAAGCUCCGGGCUUGAACAAAAGGAUUGCGAAAGAGAGUGGACGCAAUUUACGGCGGGCACUGCUCAUGUUUGAGUCAAUCUAUGCGCAAAACGAGAAAGUUACAGACAGCACAUUGAUCCCUCCACCAGACUGGGAGGCGCUCAUCUCAGUAACGGCGGACGACAUUGUACGGGAGCGAAGCCCCGCCCAGCUGUUGCAAGUACGCGCCCGGCUCUACGACCUUUUGACGCAUUGUAUCCCACCGACAACUAUUCUGAAAACUUUGACGUUUAUGCUGGUCGCCAAGGUUGACGAUGUGCUCAAGCCGGACGUCAUCAAAUGGUCUGCUUUUUACGAGCACCGGAUCAAGCUCGGCAGUAAAGUCAUCUUCCACCUCGAGGCCUUUGUUGCUAAAUUCAUGCGCAUCUACGAAAGCUGGACAAUGGGCAUGGAUUUCGACUAG